AUGGCCGAGUCAAUACAGGUGACGGCCCAGAACAGGCCUCCAAGAGCCGUGCUGGAGGGCUGGCUGGAGGUCCUAAGCAGUGGCUCCGGACGUCCGAGCGGCGAGCGCGCCCAGGAGUCGGCGGCGGGUGCCGGGUCUGCGCGGGGCGCGGGGUCUCCCCCGGGACCGAGGGGCGCGGGCCGGGAGGGGGGCCGCGGACUCCUCUCAGGUCCGGCCCGGCCCGGCCGGGGGCGGCUCCGGGCAGCCCUCGGUGUGGCCGCCGGGCGGGCCCGGGAAGGGGCGGCUGGAGGCUCGGGGCGGUGGGGGGCGGCGGCAGCCCCCCUCCCGGCUCCGACUGAGGCGGGGCGCCCCGGGCUGGCUCGCGCGGCCGCGGCCGCCUCUCCCCAGCGCGCCUGCCGGCGGCGGCGGUGGCGGCGUCGGCAAUCCCGGCUCUUGGCACCACGCCUGGCGGCCGGCCCAGGGCGAGGAGUGGCUUCCAGGAAGCGGGCGGAGGAGCGUUCCAGGCGCGUCUCGCCGCCGCCGAGGCCCCGCGCGCUCCGAGCGGCCCGGGCCCGGCCCCUCACGCGCUCCCCUCGCGCCCCGGCGCCCCCCGGCUCGGGCGGAGGGCGGCCGGGCGCGCCGUGCACUUGCCGGGCGGUGCAGGUGGCGGCGCGCGCCCUCCGCCGCUGGGUCCCCGCCCGCGCCGCGCUCGGCGCCCGGAGGGGGCGGGAGAGGCGGGGCGGCCCCCGUGUUGACGGGGCCGCUCCCGCCCGCCUCUCCGCCGCGCGCGCCGGGCCCGCGCCGCCCGGGCCGCACGUCCCAGAAGCGUCCGCGGCGCAAGGCUCAAGAGAGACCCCCAGGAGACCAGACCCCAUGGCUUCCUGGCAGAGCUCCUGGUGGCUGCUGAUAUGGACGGUCUUCAUGCACUCUGCCCUCCUGCAGACCACGGCAGAGAAGUCCCCUGGAGCCUACUUCCUUCCCGAGUUUGCACUCUCGCCUCAGGGAAGUUUUCUCGAAGACACCACGGGGGAGCAGUUCCUGACGUACCGCUACGAUGACCAGACCUCAAGAAACAUGCAUUCUGAUGAAGAGAAGGACAGCAACUGGGAUGCUUGGGGCAGCUGGAGUGACUGCUCUAGGACCUGCGGGGGAGGGGCGUCCUACUCUCUGCGGAGGUGCUUGACUGGGAGGAACUGCGAAGGACAGAAUAUUCGAUACAAGACAUGCAGCAAUCAUGACUGCCCUCCGGAUGCCGAGGACUUCCGAGCCCAGCAGUGCUCCGCCUACAACGACGUCCAGUAUCAGGGCCGUUACUACGAAUGGCUUCCCCGGUACAACGAUCCGGUUGCCCCCUGCGCGCUCAAGUGUCACGCUCGGGGACAGAGCCUGGUGGUGGAGCUGGCUCCCAAGGUCCUGGAUGGGACUCGCUGCAGCUCCGACUCCCUGGACAUGUGCAUCAGCGGCAUCUGUCAGGCCGUGGGCUGCGACCGUCGCCUGGGGAGCAGCGCCCGCGAGGACAACUGUGGCGUCUGCGCCGGCAACGGCUCCACCUGCAGGCUGGUGCGGGGACAGUCGAAGUCGCACGUCUCUCUGGAAAAAAGGGAAGAAAAUGUAAUUGCUGUUCCUUUGGGAAGUCGAAGUGUAAGAAUUACAGUGAAAGGACCAGCACAUCUUUUUAUUGAAUCAAAGACACUUCAAGGAAGCAAAAAAGAACACAGCUUUAACAGCCCCGGAGUUUUUGUCAUAGAAAACACCACAGUUGAAUUCCAGAGGGGCUCAGAGAGGCAGACCUUUAAGAUUCCAGGACCUCUGAUGGCUGAUUUCAUCUUCAAGACCAGGUACACGGUGGCCAAGGACAGCGUGGUCCAGUUCUUCUUCUACCAGCCAAUCAGUCAUCAGUGGAGGCAAACCGACUUCUUCCCCUGCACCGUAACAUGUGGAGGAGGUUAUCAGCUCAACUCAGCUGAGUGUGUGGACAUCCGCUUGAAGAGGGUGGUUCCUGACCAUUACUGCCAUUACUACCCCGAAAACGUAAAGCCAAAACCCAAACUGAAGGAGUGCAGCAUGGACCCCUGCCCAUCGAGUGACGGAUUUAAAGAGAUCAUGCCCUACGACCAUUUCCAGCCUCUCCCUCGCUGGGAACACAAUCCUUGGACCGCGUGCUCCGUGUCUUGCGGCGGCGGGAUUCAGAGACGGGGCUUCGUGUGUGUGGAGGAGUCCAUGCACGGGGAGAUCUUGCAGGUGGAGGAGUGGAAGUGCAUGUACGCGCCCAAACCCAAGGUCAUGCAGACCUGCAACCUGUUCGACUGCCCCAAGUGGGUCGCCAUGGAGUGGUCUCAGUGCACGGUGACUUGUGGCCGAGGGUUGCGUUACCGUGUCGUUCUGUGUAUCAACCACCGUGGCCAGCACGUGGGCGGCUGCAACCCACAGCUGAAGUUACACAUCAAAGAAGAAUGUAUCAUUCCCAUCCCGUGUUACAAGCCAAAGGAAAAAAGUCCGGUGGAAGCUAAGUUACCUUGGCUGAAACAAGCCCAAGAACUAGAAGAGACCAGAAUAGCAACAGAAGAACCAACGUUCAUUCCAGAGCCCUGGUCAGCCUGCAGCACCACGUGCGGCCCGGGCGUCCAGGUCCGAGAGGUCAAGUGCCGCGUGCUCCUCACGUUCACGCAGACGGAGACUGAGCUGCCUGAGGAGGAGUGUGAGGGCCCCGAACUGCCCACCGAGCGGCCUUGCCUCCUCCAGCCGUGUGACGAGGGCCCUGCCUCCCGCGAGCCGGACGCGUCCCUCCAGGAGGACGGCAGGAUGACUUACCACUGGGAGUAUGCCGGCUUCACCCCUUGCACGGCGACAUGCCUGGGAGGCCGUCAGGAAGCCAUAGCCGUGUGCUUGCACACCCAGACCCAGAGCACAGUCAGCGACAGCCUGUGCGACACGCUCCACCGUCCGCCAGCCAUGAGCCAGGCUUGCAACACCGAGCCCUGCCCCCCCAGGUGGCACACGGGCUCUUGGGGCCCCUGCUCAGCCCCCUGCGGUGUGGGAAUCCAGACCCGCGAGGUGGACUGCCUGCACCCUGGGGAGUCCCCGGCCCCCGCCGAGGAAUGUGGAGACGAGAAGCCGCAUGCUCUCCAAGCGUGCAAUCAGUUUGACUGCCCGCCUAGCUGGCACAUUGAAGAGUGGCAACAGUGCUCCAGGACAUGCGGCGGGGGAACUCAGAAUCGAAGAGUCACCUGCCGGCAGCUGUUAACCGAUGGCAGCUUUUUGAAUCUCUCCGAUGAGUUGUGCCAGGGACCCAAGGCUUCUUCCCACAAGUCCUGUGCCAGAGCAGACUGCCCUCCCCAGAUCACUGUGGGAGACUGGUCGAAGUGCUCCGUCAGCUGCGGUGCUGGAACCCAGCGAAGACAGCAGGUGUGUCAGAGGCUGACUGCCAAGGGCCGGCGCGUUCCCCUCGCUGAGAUGAUGUGCCGAGACCUUCCAGGGCCCCCUCUCGUAAGACCUUGCCAGAUGCCUGCGUGCACUAAAGCGAAACCAGAGACGAAGACACAGCCUGGGGAGCAGGGGCCCAAGAUCCUCGGUGUCCCGAGAGUCUACAUCCAGACGAGGGAGGAGAAGCGCAUUAACCUGACUGUGGGGGGCAGAGCCUAUUUGCUGCCCAACACUUCGGUGAUCAUUAAAUGCCCAGUACGCCGAUUCCAGAAAUCCCUCAUCCAGUGGGAGAAGGAUGGCCAUUGUCUGCAGAACUCCAAGCGGCUUGGCGUCACCAAGUCGGGCUCCCUGAAAAUCCACAGCCUGGCGGCCCCGGAUAUCGGCACGUACCGCUGCGUGGCCGGCCCCGCGUGGGAGACCGCGGUUCUCAAGCUCAUCGGCACGGACAACCGGCUCAUCGCGCCCCCAGCGCUCGUGGAGAGUGCAAGGCCGUAUCCCCGGAUGGACCACGAGGACGCCAAUGGCUUGGGAGCCACGUGGCAGAAAAUGAGGCAGCUGUGGGGUAGCAAAAAUGAGCUGUAUCCGGAGGACGGCCAAGUGGCUAAGCAGCCUUUCUGGAGGGCUCUGUUGGGUCCCUGCAGUAAUUCUGCAGGAAACCCUCACUCCUGGGAGUUUAAGAAUAAGCAGUUUGAAGCAGCCGUUAAACACGGAGCGUACAGCAUGGAGACGGCCCAGUUCGAGGAGCUGAUCCGAAACAUGAGUCAGCUCAUGGAGACCGGAGAGGUCAGUGACGACCUGGCGUCCCAGGUGAUCUACCAGCUGGUGGCCGAGUUAGCCAAGGUGCAGCCAGCGCUGGCCCCCUGGGGGGGUGCCCAGGAAGGGGUGCCUCCCGCCGCCCAGCUGAGGGGCAAAGCCAGAAGGAGGCCUCAAGCCUCGGAGGUGGAGAACUCGGGCAAGCUGACCUUCAGGCCCGAGGGACCCGUUCUCAGGAGGCAAAGCGAGCCCACCUCGAUUUCAUUUAACAAAACAAUAAAUUCAAGGAUUGGAAAUACCGUGUACAUCACGGAAAGGACGGAGGUCAUCAAUAUACUGUGUGAGCUCGUUACCCCCAGUCAGGCCACCUACACGUGGACCAAGGAUGGGACCUCGUUACAACCCUCAGAAAAGAUCAUCUUGGCCGGAAUGGGGAAAAUGCAGAUACGGAACCCCACAAAGAAGGAACAAGGAACGUACGGAUGCUCGGUAGCUAACCAUCUCGGUUCGGACGUGGAGAGUUCUCCGGUGCUCUAUGCAGAGGCGCCGGCCAUCUUGUCCACUGAGAGGAAUAGCCGCCGACUGGGACACAGUCACCUGUCCGUCGUGGUUGGAGGGGUCGUGGAGGCAGCCUUGGGAGCCAACGUGACGAUCCGAUGUCCUGUAAAAGGUGUCCCUCAGCCUAAUAUAACUUGGUUGAAGAGAGGAGGAUCUCUGAGUGACAAUGUUUCCUUGCUUUUCAAUGGAUCCCUGUUGUUGCAGAAUGUUUCCCUUGAACAUGAAGGAACCUAUGUCUGCACAGCCACCAAUGCUCUUGGAAAGGCAGUGGCAACAUCUGUGCUCCACCUGCUGGAACAAAGACAUUUGGACAGUAAAAGUGUAUUUCCCAAGGACCGCAAAAAGCAUAUGCUCCAGGUGUCCAGUGCUGGAACUGACAGCAGUAACCCAACAGGAGAACCCCUACCUUCAGAGCCUUUUUGGGAGCUCGGUAACUGGACGCAUUGUUCUGCCACCUGCGGCCACUUGGGAGCCCGAGUCCAGAGACCCCGGUGUGCGCUGGCCGACGGGCAGGAAGUGAGCGAGGCCCUUUGCCAACACCUCCCGAAGCCGCUGGCCGGGUUUCAGCCCUGUAACAUCCGGGACUGCCCCUCAAGGUGGUUCACGAGCCCGUGGUCAGAGUGCUCUGUGUCCUGCGGAGAAGGAUUCCACAGUCGCCAGGUGACCUGCAAACGCACCAAAGCCGACGGGACCACGCAGCUGAUGUCCCCGGGAGCGUGUGUUCCCAAAGAGAGGCCUCCGGGAAGAAGGCCGUGCGGUCAUCCUUGCGGCCAGUGGGUCGUUGAACCAGGGGGCCAGUGUCCUGCACGUUGCCUGGGUCGCACGGGGAGGCUGCAGCCGCUACAUGAAGUCUGUCAACAGCACAACAGCUCUGACCCCCGCUGUGAUGACAGAAAGAGACCCGCGUUGAGGAGGAACUGCUCGUCGGGGGCUUGCGACGUGUGCUGGCGCCCGGGCCCCUGGAGGCCCUGCACGGCGGCCUGCGGCCGGGGCUUCCAGUCCCGGAAGGUCGAGUGCGUCCGCUCCCGGAGCUGCAGACCCGCGGCCGAGAGACACUGUGUGCAGAGGGAGAAACCGGCGUCCUGGCGGCACUGUCGGGGGCCUUCCUGUGAGAGAGACUGCUCAGACACGACUCACUACUGUGUGUUCGUGAAGCAUCUCGGCUUGUGUUCGCUCGGUCUCUACAAGCAGAGGUGCUGUGCGUCGUGUCAAGAAGGGUAAACGUGUGGCGGGGUCGGAAUGCUGCUGGGAAGACAGAACCCAAACGGAAAAGCUCUUUCCCCCGACGCAGCUGGUUCAGAAGCACGUUAUUUCUUUCAAAACUCUAGAUUCUGCAUUCAGGGGUCAUUGCGAACUCGCCACUGGCGGGAUGUCCUGUGUUUUCCCGGUGGCCGGUUUUUGAUCUCAGCUCUUUGACGGGAUGAUCAAACACACCGUGGCAGGUGUGCCCUUGCACUUGGGACCCUCCCUGUGCCCUCCUAGUAGGGAAACUGCCCAGAUCCCCAGUGCGAUGUCACAGGCUGCUUUUUCCUGUACGUGUAGACGGGUGGGGGGUAGGACGUCCUGAAGACGUGACGGGCACGCGGCAACUGAUGACCUCUUCUUCUCUCGAGUUUUAGGGUUUCAGCCUGUUGAUAAGGCAUCUACACUUUGGAAGCCCUGGCCAGUAGUUGUUGAGAUGACGUAAGCGGUGCUGGUGGCAUUUUGAUGGGUCCUUAAGUCUAGUCUGUGAAGAGGAAGUGGUCCCUGUGGCCACGCUCAUGGCACCGACUGAUCCAAGGACCCUGGGAGUGGGGGGGGUGGCAUCUUGUCUUUGCUCUUACACAACCCAGGGACGAGAGCCCAGAGUAGACAUUGCCACCAAUUUCACAACUAUGGAGAUCUGUGACCAGAUGAGGCAUCUCUGAUAUCAAAGGAGAGGGCAAGUUCCCCUUUUCUACUGAUUUUGAAAUGUAUUCAAAGCUUUCUUUUAAGAGCUGUGAAUGACACUUUUUCUGAGCACUCUUCUCUUGCACACAAACCAGAAAAUCAAAGCCUUCUCAGACCUAAUUUAUGCCUAGAAUCGUACUCCUGAGGAUUUUCUAUUUCAGGGUUUUUAUUUCUUAUAAUCCUGAAGGUUCUAAGAAAGUCAUCCAAAUAGCAAACAUGGUGAUUGAAAAGAAUUAUUGUGAGUAAGUGUUUUAAUUCAGACCGAUCUGUCGGUAAAUCCAAAGUGGAUUUGGGUUGGGCUGGAAGUUACAGGAGGUCUAGGGGUCCGAGUUGGGAUUUGGUGGGUAAGCGUAGGGUUCAUUUUAGUCUGAGGAUUGGGUGAGGUGAGAGGGGAAGGUAUGUUAGGGUCAAGGCUAGAGUUGACGUUGGGGGUUAGCGAGAGGCCGAGCUGGGGUGCGUUGGGUCGCGUUCAGACCGGCAGCGGUGCCGGUGUUGGUGAUGGUGCCGGGUGGAGAGUAAAUUGGGACGAAAUGGUUUCUGUGGAAGGAGUCUGGGGCUUGCGUGAAGUUGUGACGCUCUGACGCUCAUUCAGUUGUGGGGUGCUCUCCCCGACGUCCCCAGCGGUUCUGGCUUUGGACGGCCCACGGCCCCAAGGACGCAGCCAUCCUCCCUCGGUCAGCACCCCGUGCCGCCGACAGCCCGUUGGCCACGGCGUCCCCUGAAGCAGGUCGUGCGGGACCGAGGCCCUGACCACAGAGAAGCGAACAGCACGUCUGGGCUUUGGGUCUGUCCGCGGGCAAGCAUCCUGGUCUCUCUGCCGUGUAUUCGAGCACCAGCUGCCGUGUUCUAACGUCAGCCUCGCCGGCACUGACAAUGAGCACUACUGUAUGCGGAGGCUUUGGCGGCCGGGAAGGAUGGGGACGUGAAGGGCACCCACCGCCCGUGGGGCGCUGGUCAUCAGUCACACUUGGUUGUGGAAGGUUUUUAAAUUAAAAGAAAGAUCGUUUGUAAGAUACUCUUUGUACAUAUUUAUUAUAUGACUUAAAGGUGCAAUAUUUUAUUUUGUACAGUAUGUAAUAAAGAACGUGGGACAUAUAUUUUUUCUUAUCAACAAAAUUUCCUAUUAAAUAGCUUCUCCUUUGUAUUUAAAGUCGCUAUUUUUCGUUAGCUAUCGUACUGUUGUCUUGGUAUCGUUCAAGUGACAUUCCUGUGUACUGUAUUUUACUACUGUUCCUAUCACAUAAGAGUUAAUGUUUCUUUCAUGACCCCCUACGUAAUUCAGAAAUAAAUCUACUUUGAUUAUGCA